GUUGCUGACGGUUCUCGCAUUUAGGUUGGUGACGCGAAACCACAUGGCUGGGCUUUGCUACCCAAAGCCGAAAGCCCCGCAGCGGGCUCUUCUUAUCUAGCAGUUUGCUUCAUCAAAAAUCCGAGUGUGCAACCCGUCUUCAGCAAAUUAUAUUUUGAAAGGCAACCUCCACAGGUGACAUUGUUCGCAAUAUCAAUCAAGCUUCCCCACGCCCUAAGCCACCAACGAAGACCAUCCGAACGUCGAGAGUGUCAUGAACAAAAUCAACGAAUCUGUAUUCCAAAAGCCAAAAGCACAAGAUGAUAAGGGUCUAGAAGAGGAAGCAAAAUCCUUGUUGAGUGGAAAGGCCGUCACCCUUGAAACUGAAUAUUUCAAGGGGAAAAUGUUAGAUUCAAAUAUCGCCCCUGCGGUCCUUAUACACGGAGACGAGGGAGAGGGUGUCAUCCACUCACGCGUUGCAGAGGGCAGCAUUGAUAUACUUUCAACAGGCCCCAAAACAGGAAGCGGUCAAAGAAUCCUCAUUUUGAGUGAUGGACGUACUGGCCUCGUGUUUAGAAACGUACUAUUGCGACGUUUCGUCUGCCGAGGCGCCUGAUGCCUGGAGCAUCCACAGAUACUGAAUAAAGGAAUAACUGAAUUCCCUCGACACCUCGAUGUUGACGUUUAACCCAGAAGGCAGUUGAAGAUCGAUAUGGAUAUAUGGAGGUGUCAAAUUGAGAAGAGAGUAUGACAGCUGCAGGUUAGGCCCGCUGAUUCGAAGCAGCUCGCUGACAGCUUGCAGAUGGGGGAAAUCGGCAUGAUACGCAUGGAGGAAGCCCAUGAGCUGUGAAGAAAGGAAUAAUAUGGGCUCUUCGUCAGUCACAUUCACUGUAAAAGCUCCGAUGGAACCUUUGCUGUAUUAGUACAUUCAUGAAACCAUAGCCAGAUGCAGACGAACCUGAGCU